CAGUUGUUUGCUAAACAGCAUAAUGAUGUUAAACUGUUGGUAGAAAUUAUGAAACUGGUGAAGAAGAAUGAUCUGAACCUGCAGCCUGGAACUGCAGAAAUUGUCUUCAGCAUUUGCUCCCAAACUGACAACUGGGACUUGAUGUGUAAGUAUGGUAAAAGGUUUGUCAAAGCAGGAGUGAAGCUACGAAAGACUUCCUUGGACACUUGGAUGGAGUUUGCCUCAAAAAUGGGAGACGUGGAUGCUUUGUGGAAAAUUGAGAAGAUACGAUCAGAAUCCAUGAAGGAACAUACUCUUGCAAGUGGACUUUCAUGUGCUAAGGCUUUCCUAAUUGAUCACAAACCUGGAGAUGCUGCUGCCGUCAUUCAAUUACUCAAUCAGACACUACCCGGUUCGAGAAGGGAAACUUUCAAGGUUGAACUUCAAAAACUAGUUGCAGACUGGCCUUUGGAGGUGAUAAAGCGUCAAAAGGAUGAGAAGAGAAAGGAGUUGGCUGCAAUGCUACAACAUGAUAUUCCUGCGAUGCUCAGUGCAUUGCCAAAUAUGGGCUUGAACUUGGAUAUAAAUUUGGAAGAUCUGACAAGAAAAGGUGUCUUAUCUUGAAAUUUGGGUGAAUAAAACAUCGAACUUCAUGUUGUCCCUUCACUGUGUAUUUUGCAUUACGGUGAAGCAGCCAUCUCAGUUUACUGCCUUCAGGAAUAUCUCCACAUGUUUCAGUCUUCGCAACUGUGGUGCAAGUGCAACCGUUAGUGGCUUGAAGGUAGCCUCAGAAUCCUCACAAUUACUAUUUAGCUUGAGUGAGGAUUCGUAUGAAUCCGACACAUUGAAUUACCAUUCUCAUUAAUUGACGUCCGUAAUUUCUGCUGAAUCAUAUAUUGAUGGGGUUUCCAGCUAGUUCAGAGUCCUUUUUUUCCCAUUUUAGGUGUUCUUUGAUAUAUAUGGGGCUGACACUGCAGAAAGAGAUGGUAACUUCUGAAGCAGUCAGAAGUUUUUGUUUGGAAUCCUAGAUAUCUUCACCUUUACAUAGUUAAUGAUCUAUUUUGCACUAUAAAACAUGAUUGUCCCUGCAAUAAAACUAGAAGUUACUUUUUCAGUGGUAUUUUUUUUUCUUUUACUAGACUGGGACUCGUAGGCUAAACCCUUUGUCCAUAAAUUUUUAAGUUGCUGUUUUGUAUGUUAGGCGACUAGCUAUGCUAUCACUAUUGUCUUUUAAUAGAA